GCCAACCCCGGAUGCAAGUGGGUCUCCAUCAGGGACCGCGCUGGCUUCGAGAUCAAGGCGAGGGCGUGCUUCGCAGAGGGGAGGCAGGAGCUCGAGAAGCCGCUGCCGUAUCGCCUCCAGCAGGGAAGGCCGUUGGUGACCACGUCUUCGAUCUCGUCAGAGGGCGAGUUCUGCCUGCUGAAGUUGACUUGCAGCCUGCGCCAGGCAGAGGAGGAGCAGCGCAAGCCAUGUCAGGACGACAGGAAUUUCAUCCCCGAGGACGGCUUCCGUGGGGAGCGAUACAGGUACGCCUUCGAGCUGUGGUUGCAGGGCUUGGGGUUCGCCCUCGGCCAGGUGUUCGCUGCGCCGCGCGCAGUCAGCCCCAGCUCUCGGCCGAGGGUGCGCGCCUGCGGUCGCAGCGGGCGCGCCGCCGACGCCGGCGCCGAAG